AUGAUUUCCAAAAUAUCACGAAUGUCCUCCGGCACCAAGUCCGCAAACUUUUCCAAUCCGGUGCUUUGGGAAGACCUGCCAGAUCCCGAGGUAUUCCGGGUUGGUGAGACUUACUAUAUGAGUGCUUCCUCGUUUCACUUCUCACCAGGCGCACCCAUCCUCAGAUCAUACAAUCUUGUUGAUUGGGAAUAUAUCGGCCAUUCGAUACCGGAACUACCACCUAGCUCUCGAUUCUCCCUGGACAACGAAAGACCUGUCGCUUACGGAAAGGGAGUCUGGGCUUCGACUGCGAAAUAUCGCGAGAGCGAUGGGCUGUUCUACUUCUACAGCGCCAUACAGGGGACGGACAAAACCUACGUCUACACGGCCAAGGAUCCGGCAGAAAGAUGGACGGCACAUCCCCCGAUCGAGAGGUUCUAUUACGACCUUGGCUUGCUGAUCGACGAUGAUGACACGCUCUAUAUGGCCUAUGGAACAAAGUCUAUUGAGGUAGCACAGCUGUCUGCAGAUGGGCUGACGGAAGUCACCAGUAAGUCUGCCUUCCAGGUCGUGUACACGUCGGACGAGUACCUCGAGGGAGCUCGGAUGUACAAGAUUAACGGCAUGUACUAUAUCUGGGUCACGAAGCCAUGGGACGGACAAUACGUACUCAAGUCAUCUGGCGGGCCGUUUGGGCCGUACGAAGCACGCGAAAUACUUGCGGACAUGCGUCCCCCAGUGGCGGGAGCUGGCGCUCCACAUCAAGGAGGACUGGUCGACACCCCCCAAGGCCAAUGGUACUACAUGGCCUUUAUCGAUGCCUUCCCUGCAGGUCGUAUUCCCGUCCUGGCUCCGGUUGUCUUUGACUGUGAAGGGUGGCCAAAGGUGAUAGGCGACUACCCAGAUACGCGAGGUCAGUGGCGAGUAGAGUAUCCGCACAUAACAACCGAUACACAAUUAGUAGACCGCCCCGCCACAUGCCUCAGGAGACACGACUUCAAGCAUUCAAGUCUCGACCAUUGCUGGGAGUGGAACCACAACCCUGCCAACUCGGAAUGGAGCCUCCAAGACAGCCGCCUGGUACUCAAGACUGCUACCGUGACGCAAAGCCUCCACCAAGCCGCCAACACCCUCACCCACCGUACGAUUGGGCCAGGAAGCAUCGCCACCUUCUGUGUAGAUGCCUCAGAGCUCAAGGACGGAGACAGGGCCGGAGCAACCCUGUUUCGCGAUGAGAGUGCCUACAUAGGUAUCCACAAAGAUGGCGAUAUUGCUAGACUUGUUUUUGUUGACGGCGCCAAGAUGGAGCCAAAAGACACAGCCGUCGGAUGGUCAAAUGGUCGUCCUGUUGCUCUAGACUGGAAGUGGGUUUCAAAUGGUUCCAUCAAAGGAGAAGCGCCCUUGAAGCACAGCCGUGUAUGGUUGCGGAUCAAGGCAGACGUGAGACCUGUCUGUUACGAUGGGCAUGAGAAAUUGUCACGUCAGGCUGUAUUUGAGUAUGGCUACGAUGGUACAACGUUUACACAACUGGGUCCCAAGCAUACCCUUUCGAAAUCCUUAGCGGGCUUCACCGGUCAUCGUUUUGGACUGUUCAACUUUGCGACUCGGGCUCUCGGGGGACGGUUGUUGGUAGAGUUCUGUGACAUUGAGUUAUGGAAUCCUGAAGACGAGAAAUAA